UCUUCAUCUUCCUGAAACUCCACGUGCAUUGCAUUGCAUUGCUGUGCAAUUGCCACUGCUCCUGCAUUGUGCCGGACCUUGUUUGUGCGCGACAGAGGUCGCCUGCUUUCGUCUUCUCUCAAUUUCUUUGGGUGGACGGUUUGUUCCCUCUUGUCUUGUGUGCCGACUGCACCUUCGCAUCAGUUGAGCGCUAUUGCUGUAUACUGUGAUUUGUCUGGGUCGUCCCAGCUGCCGGGUAAGGAAGGUUUGCUUAGUGGAUCGGAUAGUGUUGUAGGGGCGAAGAAGAGAGGUAUGCCAUGCAGACAGAGAGAGAAGGAGAUAGAGCGAGUGAACGUAGAAGAGUAAUAAUAAUAUUUGUGGGAUUUGAAAUUCUGCUGCCGCAGUAUAGGUAUCGAUCUUCCGGUGAAGAGGACAGCGAAGGGAUUCGUCAUCUUUUCGAAGACAAAGGGGGGCGGGUGAUAGAGCGAGUGGUGCAGGGGAUGUGACACUCUAGCGCAUACCAAGAUGUUUACAGACGGGCUUGAUACUUCGGCUUUGCAAUGGGUUCGCGAGGAGCAGGCAAGAACAGUGACUACGCCGAGAACAUGUAGCACGCCUGCGUCAGCAAUGGGCAGUCCUGACAUUACCCGGUACGAGUAUCGCAAGGCAGGAACACGCACGACCUUGACGAGAAAGACCUUUGGGUUACCUCCUCCACAGUUGUCGAAUGUCCAUUUGCACUCUCAGGCCCUGAAGCCGGUGUAUGCCCAUGACCAGGGAACCUACGCUGCCGAUGACUUGGAAGAGAGUGUGGGAUCCAUCUCCGGGGGCAAUGUCCGAGGUCAUGACGACUACGAUUCCGGUGAUGAGCAAGAAUCUGGGCUAUACUCUCCUGACACGUCCACCUCAGACAGCUUGCCCUCAGGUAACGCUGCAGGCCAUGAACGCAAAGCUAACGAGGAGUUGUAUGAUGCUCGGAGGCGGCUUCCUCUGAUGGCCGACCCAGUCGAAGUGGAAGACUACUACGAUGGUCCACUAUCUAGGAAGAACAGCUUUGGGAAGAAAGGAACUCCACGGAGAGAGAUCUCUGGGCGCUGGGAUACUCUUAAUCGCAAAGAGGAUACCAGUCAGGAAAGAAAAGAGAAUGCUGGUAGCAGGCAAAGCAGCAUUGACCAGCGCGACAUACGGCAGGGUGCCUACACCGGCAGUGGGAGGUUUGAUCCUUACUACGGUCGACGGGAAGAUCCACUGGAGCGGCAUGUUGCUUACACAGGCAGUGAAAAGUUGGACCCUGAUUAUGGACGAUCUAGCAUGAAGGUCAGCAGGGGCCCUUCAGGCGAUGUACAACCCUCAGAAGAUCAGAAUCUGACUUCAGCAACUGAGUUGUCUGAAGAUGACAUCGAUAGCGAUGAGGAUGACCAUUCUGACGAAGAUCGGCUUCAGAGGAGCUCCGGGAAACAGCAAGGUGCUGGUUAUCCCAAGAUUGAAGGUUAUACUCCCUUUGAGAGAGAAUCUCGCUCCACUCAGAGAACUGUGCAGACUCAACCUUCCUGCCAGCGGUGGACUGCAGCACCCGCAACACCAGCGCAGGGCCACAAGGGAAACGUAGAGUCACCGCCGGACCGUUUGCCCAGUAGGACCGGGGGACCUCCAAGUGCACCGCCCUUCUUCGAUGGCGUGGUUUUGGAGGUUUCUGAAGCACCUGCUUCGAGCAUAGGCGGAAGUUACUUAACAGGUCUCGAGCAACAGAGCGCCUUUGCUACACCCUGUGAACCCAGUGCGAGAUCUAUAUCAACUGCUGAGGAAACUGGUAUCUCCUCACAUCGUAGAGGUUCCUCCGGUCCCAACCGUCCUGCACCAACCCCUCCUGUGGUAUAUCACAGUGGACAAGCAGCAUGGCAGGCCCUUGUAGCUUACGAUGCAUGUGUCCGUCUAUGCCUCCGAGCAUGGGCACGGGGAUGUAUGGAGGCUCCCGAGUUUCUCAUGAACGAAUGCUCUCUUCUUCGGAACUGCUUCGGAUUACAACAACUCUUAUUGCAACCUCAUGAAGAGGGCAGUCGGAGAGAUGUGAGCGAGGAACUCGGAGACUCUGCCGCUGCCUUCUUGCAGAAACGAUCAAUUGGCAAAAUCAAAGUUCAAUUGCGCAAACUGAAGAUUUUGGCUAAACCACACCCUCUUCGUAGCAGCAGCUUGUCUGCGGUUGAUACCAACACAGCAGCCCUCAGCUUUGAAGGGCGCACACCUUCUCACAAACGAUCACUGCUAUCCACUGGUUGGUCUGCUGUAAGGAAAAUGCGAUUUGUUCCAAAGCAAGGGACACGUAGCCACAAUUCAUCUCAACGCAGUAUGGCAUAUGUUAAUGCUGGUGCUGAGUAUGUCCGCCACGUAUCAGGAAUGCUCAAGGAGAAAGUGAGUAGCCUGCGGCAUAGUUCGCUUGCUGAACUACCACAAGAAAAAUUUACAUGCUUAUUGCGGUUAAAGAGCUCAUCAGAGCAAGAUAGUCUACGCCUGAAACCAGGAUCUGGAGAGACCGCUACUCUCCUGCCUGAGAGUGCAGGGGAUGACCUCUUAUUAGAUGUACUAGACGAGAGGGGGAAUUUGCACGGUCGACUGACUGUGCAUGUUGCUUCAAUCAGUGACGAUCCCGGCGAUCGAUUACGGUGGUGCGAUGUUUACAGCGUACCAGACCAUGAUUGUGUAGGAAAAGUUCAAUUGUUUCUCAGUUAUUACAUGACAUCCGUUGAAGUUGACUCCGCUAAGUGGGGUCCCGUAGGAGAGACAAGAGCUUAUGAUAUUGUCUUGGAAGUGGCCAUGAGAGUUCAACAUUUUCAACGUCGUAACCUGCGGCUGGAAGGCUCCUGGCUGUGGUUACUUUCUGAGUUUGCAUCCUGCUAUGGAGUGUCAGCUUCUUAUUCUAAGCUGAGGUACCUUGUGUGCAUCAUGGAAGUGGCUACCCCUACUGAGGACUGUUUGGUUCUCAUUCAUGAUCUUCUGUGUCCCAUCAUUAAAUCUCGUGCCGAGAACUCCUUGAAUCGACAGGAGAAACGUCUGCUUGUGGAUGUACAAGAGCAGGUGGAGCAGCUUCUUGCAGUUGUCUUUGAAAAUUACAAGUCCCUUGAUGAGAAUUCUUCAUCUGGCUUGGCUGAUUUUUCUGGACCUGUUGUUGGGUCUGUGGCGCCUGCGUUGAUUCCAGCAGUGCAGAUUUAUACUCUGCUACAUGAUAUUCUUUCUUCAGAACCACGGAAUACCCUCAGAAAUUAUUUCAAGACUGCGGCUAUGAAGAGAUGGAAGCGGCUUGUAAUGGAAACGGAUGAAUUCUUAUCUGGUAGUAGUGAAGGAUUCUUAAUGGAUCCGCUGAGCAUGUCAAGCGCAUAUCAAAAAAUGAGAACCUUGUGCCUGAAUGUCCGCAAUGAAGUGCGUGCCGACAUCGAAAUACACAACAAGCAUGUAUUGCCCAGCUCUAUUGAUUUACCCAAUAUUUCAGCAUGCGUAUAUGAUGUGGAGUUGGCUAAUCGCUUGCGUUCUUUUCUGGUGGCCUGCCCCCCGUCCUCCCCUUCACCACCUGUUGCUGAACUCAUGCUCUCCACUGCUGACUUCCAGCAAGACCUAACAUCUUGGCGAAUCAGGAAUCCCGAUUGUUGGAAGGGAGGUGUAGAUGCCAAAGCUCUAUUUCACUUUUACAUCGUUCUCUGGAUUCAGGACAAGCGUCUGCAUUUGCUUGAUUUCUGCAAGUUUGACAAAGAGCGGUGCACGUGGGAUACGACGCAGCAUACCACGUCACCGUUUGUGGAAGAAGUUUAUGAGCGCAUCAAAGAUACUCUGAAUGAGUUUGAAGUGAUCAUGAACCGCUGGCCUGAGUAUACUGUUGCUUUAGAAAACGCUUUAGCAGACAUUGAAAGAGCAGUGAUUGGGGCACUUGAGAAGCAAUAUGCGGAGGUGCUCCUUCCUCUGAAGGAUGUUAUGAUCCCAAAAAAGUUUAGUUUGCAGUACAUGCAGAAGCUUACUCGUCGACAGAAACCUACUAUAUACACUGUGCCGAACCAGCUGGGAGUGAUGCUGAAUAGCUUGAAGCGGCUGUUAGACACACUGCGACCUAGGAUAGAAGGACAGAUGAAGACAUGGGUUGCUUGUCUUCCGGAAGAUGGUGGACCUGGCCGCAUUGUGUUUGGAGAACACCUCAAUGAGGUUACUAUUGAGCUUCGAGCCAAGUAUAAGAAUUACUUACAAUCUAUUGUGGAGAAACUUUCGGACAAUGCAAAAUUGACAAGGACAACUAAACUGAAGAAAAUACUCCAGGAUACCAGAGAGGCUGGUGGCGAGUCCGACAUUUGUGAUCGCAUGCAACCGCUCAACACUCAACUUGUGGACACAAUUUCUCACCUUUAUGAUGUGUUCACCCCACGAGUAUUCGUUGCAGUUUGUCGAGGCUUUUGGGACCGUAUGGCUAGAGAUGUUCUUCACUUCCUGGAGAAUAGGAAAGGGAAUAGGUCGUGGUACAAAGGCUCAUCGUUUGCCCUUGGAAUUCUAGAUGAUGUAUUCGCAACGCAAAUGCAGCGACUGCAGGGCGGUACAUUGCAAGAGAAAGACCUGGAUCCUCCUCGCUCCGUUGCAGAGGCACGAUCCUUGCUUUCGCGGGAUGCUCAAAAUGGCACCGACUCGUCUUCCUUGUUUUUCUAUUGACAAGCGUAAACAUCUAUGAGCCCAAAUUUUACGGUACAACAUGUAUAAUAUCUACGUGGGGGAUAGUGCGAGAAUAUAGAGUAGGAAAAGAGGGUGCGUCUAGAAAUUAGUCUGGCUCACAGCGGAUCAGGAAACACUCCAAACACAUGACACUGAUGGGAAGAGUACUUAUAAACGGUCUUUUCCAUAGUUACCGACUCUUAACAACACCCAAGAUAGAUGUGAAGCGGCACCCACUCCAGUUAUUAAGGUAUUGUAUAGUAAAUUCUUCAGAUACACCCUGUACAUGGCCGGCUAUUCAAGUCCUACAGCGUGUUGUGUUGUCGAGAAAUGACUUCGUUUCCUUGGAAAUGAGUAAUAUUCAAUCCAAUUUGUCCCAAUUCUGACA